AUGAGCGAAAUCAGUAUUGGAUCUGAUAGUACCGCCGCAACUAUUGCAGAGAACAUCAAGAAAGGACAGGCCAGUUGUGCCUGUGUCCAAGCGCAUUUUAGAGGUGAUUGGCUUAUUGCAAACUUCUAUGCAGGUCAGAACUUUCCAGAUGGAAAGAUGGAUCGGAAGUAUCUGGACGAUACCUUUCCUGAGCAGCCGGUGCUUGUUCGAGAUGUCUCUUGUCACAACGUCGCUCUCAACACCGCAGCUCUCAUGCGCGUCGGGUAUGGGGCUGACGUUGAGGGCCCCCCUGGAGGCCAGUACAUGCGAAGGCCGGAUGGUCAGUUGACUGGUGAGCUGGUCGAAGCAGCAUCAGCUGAGGUCUUUGCCAGCCUACCUCAGCCGCCUGUGUCGGUUGUCAAAGAAGCUCUCAUCUAUGGGAUCAAGAUGUCUGAGUCUCAUAAGUUCGGUAUCACUUCGCUGCAAGAGGCGUCCGGUAAUACCCUCUAUCUUUAUGCUCUUCGAGAGCUAGAUGCCGAAGGGCGACUUGACAUGCAAAUCUUCCCUCACAUUGGCCAUGCGCCCGAGAGUUUUGCUCAGGAGAAAUCCCAGCACGUUGAUGCACGGUUUGUCAAGUUUUGGAUAGAUGGGGUGCCCAUACCGCCUCACUUCACGCAAUGCGAUAUUGGACCGGAUGGACAUCUCAACGAGGAGAGUCAACUGCUUACGUUCGAAGAGUUGUUGGAAGCUUUGACUAAGCAUGAUGCGAAAGGUUUGACCUGCAAGAUCCAUUGUGCCGGUGACGGCUCUGCAAGACGAGUGCUCGAUGUUCUCGAGCGAGUUCGGCAGUCGAAUCCUUCCGGUCCAUUGCACGAACUGGCACAUUGCAACACCAUUCAUCAAGAUGACAUCAAACGCAUGGCGGAAUUACGAAUCACGGCUGAGAUGUCACCCGCAAUAUUUCAUGACACAAGUCUCACAUCCAAAUAUCCCCAUAUCUUCAAAUGGCCGUUCAAGGAGCUCCAGGAUACUGGUGUCCAUGUCACCGUCGGUUCCGACUGGUUCUUGACCGACACGCCAGGCCUGUUCCCAGCCCCAACGGCUAUCGUGGAGCGCUUUGGUAUGCAGGAGGGCAAGACGGCGAAAGAAGUUGGAGGUACAAAGAUCUCCCGUAUCAUAACGCUAGCGGGUGCUGAGGCAGUAGGAAAGGCUUCGGAGAUGGGAAGUAUUGAGACAGGAAAGAGGGCAAAUUUCAUUGCUGUUGAUCGAGACUUGAGUCGUGGUGAAUUUAGUGGAGCGAAGGUCCUGAAGGCGUGGUUUGAGGGAAAGAUGGCCUGGGAAGACAUGGACAAUGUGGUGUCUAUGUAG